GCGUGCGUGUGUGUGAGAGAAAGAGAGAGAGAGAGAGAGAGCCAGAGCGAGACUGAGAGAAUGUGUGUAUGUGAGAGAGAGAGCGAGAGAGAGCGAGAGAGCGAGACAGAUAGAUACAACCAGUGGGGCAAAAUCGAUUAAGUCUCGCAUGAACCAGUUACUGCUGCAGAUAUGGUCUACACAUUCAAGUCAGAUGAUCACAUGGUCAUAACUAUACCCAUCUCCAGCAUCAGAAAGGGGAAAGAGGAACAGCUGCUGCCACAGAACUUUCACUGUGUUUUCAAAGACGCGUACAAAGUCUUUCUCAAAGGAAACCCAAAGGCGUUAGGGACGGCACAGCUCAUCACUGGUAUGCUGAUUAUCAGCAUGGGGUUGCUGGACUUUCAUAACAGUUUGCUGUAUACCCUUCCCAGUUUUCUGUUCAUAAUUUCAGGAAUGCUGUCAUAUGCUGCAGGACACUCUCCAAAUAUGUGUGUGACAAAACUAUCAUUUUCACUCAACAUCAUGAGCCUUUGCUUGGCCACAGCAACCCUGUCAGUUGCUGUAGUACUCCUGGUGAAUGCCAGAAAUCUACAAGAGGGUUUUCAUACAAUAAAGGCAAUACAAGGCAUGACUGCUGUCCUUAUUUCCCUGGAGCUGGGGGUUGCAAUGACUCUGAUCUAUUUUGAGAGCAAAGCAGUGUGCCGGGCCCAUUUCAACAUUCUGCCUGUGGUCAACCUGAAGCUUGAGGCCUGAACUACUAGCACGCAGUAAAACUUGUAACAUUCUCCAUUCAACAUCCUUUGCUGCCUGUAGCAUGACCAAUUCACUGUCUUUAGAGUGACAACAAAAUCCAGGUAUUCAAUAUGUACAGCAACAAUAUUUUGUUUAUUUCAUAAAAAAGAUUUGCAUGAAAACAGAGAAAAUAUGGGUCCUGUCUGUAAAUGACUACUUGCUUUUAGAACCGAACCACAAAAGUUGUUCAAGAGAAGAAUAUUAUGUAUUUUGAGAUAAUUAUAUAUGACGUGAAGAUUUGACCAUAAAAUAGUAUAUGGGCUGUUCCUCUUUAUCUAGCCUCAUAGAUUCAUUACGCAUUCCUAACAUGGAAUCAUGGAAUUUUGAUAAUCCAAAAUGCAAAUGAGUCUAAUUAUUUUUCUGUGUAAAGGGUCAAAUAUCUUUUUAUUUUUUUUGAAUUUUUUUUUACAUGAUUUCAAUUGGAAAAUAAUUACAUCCAAACAUUGCACGCAGUAUUAUUAGAAACUUGAACAUACUUUGAAUGUAAAUAUACAGUAUGUGUAUGUGGGUGUGCGUGCCUAGUAUUCUUAUUACUUCUAGGUUUAAUUGCUUUGAAUAUGACUGCCAUCUUUUAAUUUACAAUUUUUACUGUAAUGUUAAUGGUACCUUAAAUAAAAUCUUCCAAAAAUUCAA